CGUUUGCGACCUCGAUAAUGGAACGGUUUUCAGUACUGUGGCUCUUCUGUUACUCACUUUUAGUCACCAGCCACCAGGAGCCGUUACCACAGCACAGUGUGACAGUUUAUCCUCAGUUAUUCGAGAGUCGGGACAAUUCAUCCGAAAAGGUUCUCGUAGUUGCUGCUGGAUACUCUCUUAAUUUGAACAAAGCGUCGGUUCUCGCAGGAAGUGUCUUACUGCGAGAUCUGACAGACACCGGUGUCAUCGAAACUUACAUUGCCGGCAAGGAACACGAAAGGGGCCUCUACCAGGAUUCUGACAAGCUGGCGUCACUGCUACUUAAACCUCAAGGGGAGGGACAGUAUCACAUAGUUGGGCUCCUCAACUCCACACACCAAAUCCAGCCCGUCGAAGCCGUGGAAAGGUCUUCGGAAGGACUAAUUGCCCACAGGAUAUUGCCGAUCAAAUUUAAUGCUGGAAUCAAUGCUGCUAUCAAAGCAGCCCAUGAUUCUUAUCAGGAACAAGUAGCGAACGUUAAGGUAGCUGCGCUGUCCAUGAGACUUCCAGAAAACUUCACCAUCGAGUUGGCCUUCUGCAGCGACUACUACCACACUGUAGCCUUCGGGAACGAUACAAAAGCACGCGUCCAAUACGUAUUAACGCUGCUUCUCGCGGUGAGCCUUCGGCUGCAGCAGCUCAGUCCUCCAGGUUUCAUAUCCAUUGUUUAUAUUCAAGGCUCGUUUACCAAAAAAGAAUCUUAUGUGUCCAAACUUAAUGAAACUGUGCUACUUGGCACUGAAACGUUGCGCAGUUUAUCAAAGUAUGCCAGCAAGAAGACUACAAUGCGCCGGGCAGACGUAGUCUUCUUAGCCACGGGGCGGGCAGUGGCACAGAAAGACGGCCAGACAGUCCGUUUCGGCACCGAAGGAUUGGCGUUUAUGGGAUCGGCGUGCACAAAUAACAAGGUGGGCCUGGCAGUGGACGCCCCGAAAUCAUUUUCUGCAGUGCAGUCUAUGACCCAUGAAAUAGCGCACUUGCUAAACUCGAACCACGACGGAGAUGGCAGCUCACGAACAUGUAAUCUCAGCGACGGAUACUUGAUGCACAGGCACCUUGGAGGAAAAUGGAACUAUAUAUUUUCCAACUGCAGUAUUCUUGCGGUCAGACAUUUCCUCACGACGAUGAGCUCCCUCUGCCUGAAAGUCCAAGAACGCCAUCACAAUGUCUUUCUACCCGGGAGCUUCCUAAAUCCGCAAAACGCUACGCUUAAAGGGCAAGACUACUGUAAAAAGUUUUUUCCGGACUACAAGGAAGUAUCCUAUGCCGGGGCAGAAAAUCCGACGAAUAAUUGCCACUUUCGCUGUAAAAUAUUCAGCAGAAUAUUCGGCACGUACUACGCAAAUCUGUACGCACCGACAGGAACACCUUGUAACGCCACUUUGCAUGAGUCUACUAUGAUCGUCGCUGAGGAGCACCAUGUCAACGAAGCAGAGGAGGCAAAACGCGGCAUAACUGUUGGCCACCAUGGCCUCCGGAUGUAGCUCCGUGAAGGAUCUGUACAUGGCCACGCAAGUCAGGACUACCAGGCUUCCCGAGGAAGCCACGAGAGCCGGACACCAGAUUUCAUUGACGAUAUUCUUGAGCUCAUUUAUCGUACAUACGUUGACUCGUAUCGUUUCGAUUCUUGCUGCCGCAUCUCGAAGCUCAACUCGGGACGUAAUAGCCGGCAGCAGUUUGUCGAGAGCCGUGACCUGAGCCUUCAAGUACCGCAACAAGACUUCGCAGAAGCAUGUCGAGGACACGUACGUCAGAGACUCAUAGAAUAGCAGAGUCACGGUGCUCCAGAUGGUCAGAAAUUUUAAUAUUGGGUGCCAGUAUAGGCGAAUCGAAAAGAAGCUUUCGUAAUGGGCAUAAAUGAUAAGCGAUGUCGUUACUACCAAGCUGGAGACCAAGGCGAUCCUUGUCAUCACUUUGAAAGGGCUGUCAAUCAAAACAGACCUCCUGGGACCCAUGAAGCCGCUAGAUACUUCGAAGUCAGCAGCGCCCCGUAAGAACUUUAGAAUUCUCGUUGAUCCAUGGGCCAGACAGACGAUGCUCCAGAAAACUUCAAAGGCGCAGACGCUGUGACUGAUGGUACCGAGGAACUUGCCGAAGCCGCAGUUCCAUCCGACGUUGCAACCUAUCUUGUUCAAGAUGCUGUAUCCUUCGAAAAUCACCAGCAUCGCCAGACAGGCCAAGGCGUAGAGUGUGUAAAUGCUCUUCCACGACGCCUUGCACGUCUUCAGGGUCUUGUCGUUUAUAUUGCUGAUGUACAGGCAUCCGAAGAGGCGGCACAAUCUGGCAUACCAGAUGAAGGUACGCUGCAUGAGAGAGCGCUUCGUGGGAU